CCCACCCAUUCUCUUCUUUUAUAUAACACUCCCCUCGUUCAGCAUCCCCUCAUAAACUCAAACCUUCAAACACUUUCUCUCUCUACUCUUCUCCUCACUUUCUCUCUCUAAAAACCACAUCCCUAUUCCCAGCACCCGUGUGCUUCCUCAACUAUAUAUAUAUAUAUAUAUAUAUUUCAGUUACGCAUAAGAACAAACACAAGGAAGCGUUUGAGAACACGAUGGUUGGGAAAGAGGACUUGGGUUUGAAUCUGAGCUUGAGCUUUCCGGAGAAUCGGAGUUCACUGCAACUGAAUCUGAUGCCUUCUCUGGUUUCAUCUUCUUCUCCUUCGCCUUUCGGUACUCUUCAGAAGAGCUCCUGGAACGAGACGUUCCCUUCCUCCGAUCGAAACUCGGAGACAUGUAGAGUGGAGACGAGGUCGUUCCUGAAAGGAAUCGACGUGAAUCGAUCGCCGUCGACGGUGGACUGCGAAGACGAGGCCGGCGUUUCGUCUCCGAACAGCACGAUCUCGAGCGUGAGUGGGAAGAGGAGCGAGAGAGAGGCCAACGGAGACGAACACGAGCUCGAGAGAUCGUGCUCUCGAGGAAUCAGCGAUGAAGAAGACGGCGACAUGGGCCGGAAGAAGCUCCGGCUCUCCAAAGACCAGUCGGCGAUUCUCGAAGAGAGCUUCAAAGAACACAACACACUCAAUCCCAAGCAAAAGAUGGCUUUGGCUAAACGUCUCGGGCUCAGACCUCGUCAGGUGGAGGUGUGGUUUCAGAACAGGAGGGCUAGGACCAAGUUGAAACAAACUGAGGUUGACUGUGAGUUCUUGAAGAGAUGCUGUGAGAAUCUGACGGAGGAGAACAGAAGGCUACAGAAGGAAGUGCAAGAGCUUAGGGCACUCAAACUCUCCCCACAGUUCUACAUGCAAAUGACCCCUCCCACCACCCUCACCAUGUGCCCUUCAUGUGAGCGUGUCGGGGUCCCACCAUCAUCGUCCGCCUCAGCCGCGACACCUGUCAACCCUCGACCCCACCCGUCUGGUCCGAUCCACCAUCGGCCCAUUCCCAUCAACCCGUGGGCCACCACCCCGAUCGCUCACAGGCCGUUCGAUGCCCUCCACCCUCGAUCGUAAUUAUAUGCACGAUCAAGGGCAUUAUUGCCAUCCAAAAUAUUUUGCUCAUGGAAUCUGUAAGUACGGAAAUAUGAUAGUGAACCAUGCUGUAUCUAUAUGAGGUAUUGAGAUAUGGUGGUUAGAAUGUGAUAUGGUGGGUCUCAAUAUGUUUUGUUUCAUUGACCCCUCUUCUUAGAGUGACUGUUUAGUUUAAUCCUUAAUGAGUACUAAUUCUUCUCCUCCUCUUUCAAGAACUUUGGAAGGGUGGGAAGAGGUUUUCAAAUGUAAAGUACUAUUUGUCUAAUUAAUUAUAGUCAGUUGAGGUGGUCUGCUAAAUUAUAAUUAUAAAUUGAUAAUCUAGAUCAAUUGUGAUUACAAAGGAAUCUUUAUCUUUGUA